AUGUCCGCAUACUCCCCCCCACGUCCAAUCAAGACUUUAUCCGAUACGACCCCGCCCAGCGACGACGAGCUGGACGCCGUGCACCGUCUCCUCGAUUACCUGGAGACGUUUCCCGCCGACGCUGGCGCCGUGGAGCUCAAGGACCAGCUCAGCGCGUUUACGCAUCACGACUUGCGCGCGGCGUGUUCUCGUCUCAAUUUGUGCAUCUCAAAGCGACAAAAUAAAAAGGGCGGGUACAUUUCCGCGCUCGUUGCUUAUUGGCUGGCGCUGACGACCCCUAAUUCCAUGUCCGUGUCGGACGUAACGCCACAAUCGACUCCCAGAAAGUCCCCGAAAAAAGGCUCGAAAUCUUCGAAGAAACCUGCGGGGAUGGAGCUCCCGGCUGACGUGGCCCAAUUUGUGCAGCUCUUUCCGCCCCACGGCCACGUUCAAGAGCUCCAGGACCAGCUCAAUGCCUGUCGCUCCCGCACGCUGCGCUCAGCGUGUGUCGUGCUGGAUCUCCAUCCACGUAAAAGCUGCACGAAAGUGGAUUUCUUGGGCCUUUUGGUCAAUUAUUGGCAGGACAGUUCGGCUGUGACGCCGAGUGUGGCUACAGAACUUGAGGAGGAGAAGGAGAUGGACGUGGUGUUAGCACCGCCACCACCACCGCCGCUGUCGUCGUCGUUGUCGUCGUCGUCUACCAAGAGAGUGCGAGUUGGGGACGAUGAUGUGAAGAAGGUGGUGAAAAAGAAGAAGAAUGUCAAGGAAGUCGAGCGUCGAGGAGGGGAUGUGGGGGACGACAAGACGGAGAAAUGGGCCGCGUCUCUGGACAAGGCCAAGGUCGUGAAAGAGUGGGCGUCUGCCAUUGAAAUCUUGUCUCGAGUCGACGGAAGUGCCGAGAGCAUCGAGUCGAUUAGGAGUUUGAUUGACAGCGUCGUGAACAGCGCGACGAGUGAAAUGUGA